GGGCUGGAUGCACGAGCCCUCCGUGCCCCGCCACUAGCAGGCCAAGAAGCGCCCGCGGGUUCCGCCGGCCGUCGGUCACACAGCUGCUUCUCCAGGUUUUGGUUCUGGGUGUGACAUUCCUGUGCAUCGCGCACGUCGCCUGUCCGGGGUGGUUCAGGCAGGAAAACAAUUUGGCGGCGGAGUAACCAGACCUCGGACGUGCAUUGGAGAUAACUCCAGAGAAUUUCAUCUGUUCUGUGGAGAACCUUUUAUUUCUAAACUGCCACGGACAGCGAAUGUUUUGCUUGUGUGCUUCAAGAGUUGCUGUUUCCAUUCCUGAUAAAAGAUACAUGUCCCAGAGCAGACACAUCGAAGCCCGAGAGCUCAUGUACUCAGGGGCCUUACUGUUCUUCAGUCAUGGCCAGCAAAACAGUGCUGCGGACUUGUCCAUGCUGGUCCUAGAGUCCCUGGAGAAGGCAGAGGUGGAAGUGACCAACGAGCUGCUGGAAAACCUGGCUAAAGUGUUCAGUCUGAUGGACCCCAACUCCCCGGAGCGAGUGGCCUUUGUGUCUAGAGCCUUGAAGUGGUCCAGUGGAGGGUCUGGGAAGCUGGGCCACCCCCGGCUCCACCAGCUGCUGGCCCUCACCCUGUGGAAAGAGCAGAACUAUUGUGAAUCUCGGUACCACUUCCUGCACUCCGCUGACGGGGAGGGCUGUGCCCACAUGCUCGUGGAGUACUCCACCUCCAGGGGCUUCCGCAGCGAGGUGGACAUGUUCGUGGCCCAGGCCGUCCUACAAUUUCUGUGUUUAAAAAACAAAAGCAGCGCGUCAGUGGUCUUCACGACAUACACACAGAAGCACCCGUCCAUCGAGGAUGGGCCUCCGUUCGUGGAGCCCCUGCUUAAUUUCAUCUGGUUUCUGCUAUUGGCCGUGGAUGGACAUAGGUCUGACGGCUUUCUUGUGCCCAGCGGCAAGCUGACGGUGUUCACGGUGCUGUGUGAGCAGUAUCAGCCAUCCCUCCGGAGGGACCCCAUGUACAACGAGUACCUGGACCGGAUCGGACAGCUGUUCUUCGGGGUGCCGCCCAAGCAGACAUCCUCUUAUGGGGGCCUGCUAGGGAACCUUCUCAGCAGCCUCAUGGGCUCCUCAGAGCAGGAAGAGGGUGAGGACAGCCCCGAUGACAGCAGUCCCAUCGAGCUGGACUGAAGCUGCCCCAGCUACACGGAGACCCCCCAGUCGACAGCUCAAGGGAUGAUUUCAGACGGAGUCCCGGAGUGCGGCUCCUCACACCCGCGGGCUCGGCUCUGAGGCUGGCGGUAGCUGCGUGUGCGGUGUCUGUCUCUAUUUAUGUGCGGUGGCUGAGGGUGGCGUGGCCUGUGGCUUGCCUGUCACUGUGUGGCUGGGGCCCGAGAGCAAGGCCCUGGGCUUUUGCCGGCUGCCUGUUCCCCGGAGAUUGAUCCACAAUAAAGCACAGGCCUUGCUGCCGCCUCACCCUCUCCCAGUGCUUUGUUUCCGGUUCCUGUGGGGAGGGCCGAGGGUGACACUAGGAGGCCUAUCCUCAGGGACUGGGCAAGUUGCACUCAGCAUGUCCAGCGCAGCCCGUGGGGGGCCAGAGGAGACAGUGGCCACUCAGACGUGUGAACCCAGCUCAGCCUCCUGUGGUCUUCAAACGUGAGCAGUUUUAUCUUGUUUUUGUUUGAACACGGGUGGCUCUGUAAUCACGAUGUGUUUGUCCUGGUCACAGACAGAGUGUGUGCGUGCCAUGCCAUCAUCCUCAUGCUCUUGGGAGGUGGGCGAGCGCUGGCCAGGCAGGUGUCUGCGUGGUACUUAGCUGUGACCCUGCCCACUGGGGUCUGGUGUGGCCUGAGGUGACUUGGUAUGGACCCCAAAGCCACACCCUGCUGGUCUCUGUGAGCACCAAGCUGCUGCUCUGGAAAUGCUGUUUUAUAAAAAGGGACACCACGGGACUGUCCGUCUUUCAUAAUGCAAUAUUUAUUUGUACCGGGUGGUUGAUCCUUGGACCUAAUAGGUUUUAACCAAAUAACCAGUCCAGGAGUUGGCAGACUGUCCUUUAUCACUGAUGCCAUUCCAGACGUUAUCAGUAUAAUUAUAAAAGGGGAAACAUUUUAUUUUUUCACGAUUAAAGUGAAAGUUGUAGAUUAAUAUGCAGUGAUCGUGCGUGGGCAGGAGGGAGACAUGCAACUUUAUUCACUGUAAAAAUGAAAUUUAAAGGAAGGUUUGUGUCAACUGUGGAGCAUAAAUAAAUCCUUUAUACUGGG